UCGUGUUGUUCGCGCGCGCGCGAUUUCAUGUUGUGCAUCUGCGAGCUCUGUGUAGUGUGGGACUGACGGACAUUUCGCGUGCGAGAUUGCGAUUAACGAAAAUGCAAGUAAAUGUCUUUAACAUUACCGCAUAUUAGAAAUGGUUGGUCAGUUAAAAUAUGCUAGGUACGUUUAUUUAGCAACAAGAAAUAGGAAAUGUUUUUCUUAAUUUAUCCAGUACCGACAGCAGAACCGUUAACGUCAGAGCUUAUCGAUACUUCGGUCUUUCAUAAUUCAGCACCGGGACCAACGUGAUCUCAUAAGAAUGCGUAUGUAUUUGUACGUAAAGUCUAUAUCUAGGAAACGUCAUCAUUUUUACGCAUGGAUGGAUCGCAGUGCGUACAAUAUCGACGAAUAAGUUAUUUCUUAAACGUAAGAGUGUUUACGCAUGUACAAGUUAAAAGACGUAAACAUAUUUACGAACCCACGAACUCAUUCAUAUACUCAAACGUCCAACGAUUUAUUGCGUGUAUCGUAUCACAUAACUCCUUUAUUAGAGCAGCACAGAUGUAAAUAUAUCAGCGUGCAGUGAGAUUUAUUCUUCGAGAAUCACAAUCUCGUUGGGCGUGUAACUGUUGCCAAGCAACACUCUGACAUGGUGGAAAGUAACGGGUCUUGUAGCCUGGACCAAUCAUAAUCAGAGACCCAAAAUAACCGCUUAAUAAAUUAACCUUGUGUUUGUUUAUAACCGGGACCAAGAGAGCCGAACUAUCCGUUUUAUAAAUUAACCAUGAGUUUAUGUCAAAUGUAAAACACACAGUCAAAGUUUUAAGCAUGUCGUGGUUCACAUAGAAUUAAAUAAACUUUUGUGAUUGAUAGCUGUCAGAACCAAUGGAAACGCUCAUAGAACAGGUUGGCUUUAGAACCAAUGGAAACGCUCGUAAUAAAACAAGUUGGCUUCAGAACCAAUGGAAGCGCUCGUCACACCGAAAUACAAAUCAGUACGGUAUUUUUGUUAAGUAAUAAAAUAAUAAUACUGGUAAAUUAUAAAACGAUUAAAUCAUUUAACUUAUUGUUCUAUCAACAGCAUAAAAAGAAACACCAGGCAUUAAAAUGACAGAUUUAUCAUGCAAAAAACAUGCUGUUUCAUGCGUUACGCCACUAGUUUUUGCAUACGUUUUCAACGUAACGUUAACGUUAAUUGACUGGCCUUCUUUUUUCACCUUCCGUAAAACCCUUUUUUCACCAAAGAUCUCCCGCGCAAUUUUAUCAAGGAUGGCAGGGACCACCUUCAAAAGAUGUUCGUCGUGUAAUGUCCACAUAGCUGUGGCAUGUAAGACAUGCAAGCACUGUGGCCAAAAGCAAGCCAUGAAAGAGGCUGUGAAGGCUGCUAAAAGUAAAGUUAAUGCGAAAUGGGUGUCCAAGAUGAAGUCAGGACGUAAUUCAUGCAAACUGAUCAAUUCAGCUCACGUUCUGAUACACAAGUUGCAUGCUGUUGGCAAAUUUCCCUUUCUCCUGCUGGGAAAAAGGAACGCAUCUGGGUCUUUUACAGUGGAUGUCGUUACAGCACAUUCCUUUUCAACUAUACAGGAGCAGAAUACCCUUGACACUUUGAAAAAUAUUUUUUCAAGUCUUCUGAAAGUGAAAUAUAGUGCCCAAAGGGACCUUGCAAUUGAGGAAGACCCCCUCCAAGGUGGUGAGCCCUCCAAUGGUACUGGAGGAAAAGACACCACCAUAUCUCCAGAAGGGGUUGAUGUCAAUGACCUCACUAGAGAAAACAGCACUAUGACUCCAGAAGGGGAUGAUCUCAGUGAAGAAGACACCACCAUCACUGCACUAGAGGAUGAUCUCACUGGAGAAGAUUCCACCAUCACUCCACACAGGGAUAAUCUCAGUGACCUCACUUGCAAAGAUUCCACCAUCACUCCAGAGGGGACUGAUCUCAAAAGUGUCACUGAAGGAGAUGUUGUUACUUUGAUCCUUACUCCUGUUGAAAUCUCUUCUGAUAUUUCUUCUGACCCCACUUCUGCUCUCCAACCACCAAUAAAAAAGAGAAUUCUUCGAAGGUUACCAGGCAACAUGUUUCUCACAGCGUUUUGCAAGACGGGUUUACCAGUACCCACAUUCUGUGCUUCACCUGCCCUUGUUCCAGGCAUAAAGACCCCCCCUACAAAGCUCACACCUCCUGAAUUUACUAUGGCCAAUGCUCUGCCUGCAAAGGCCAAUGAGCUAGUCACAAAGACUCUUGAGUCUCCGAAGUCAUCAACCCGGAUGCGCUACAAGAUUAAAGACUGCCCGGUACACCUAAAUCAGGAACAUUUCCCCGUCUUAAAAACAUUGGGCGUCAGAAUAUCUCAGCAUGGGGAAAAGGAGAUAAAGGUGCGCUGGCAGCCUUGCUCUGGCUGUGGGGCCAAGUGGAAGGACACAUGGGAGCCCUAUGAACUUUUCCAAACGGACUGAUUUUUUUUUUUUUUAAUAAAAAUUAAAGCAAUUGUUGAAGUCUUUCCUUUUCUUUUAUUGUAUAACUGAAUAAACUGAAGC